CAUGCUUAUUAUUGGUCAGCGUCACUACAGUGGGAGGGAAAAUGGACUCGAUGAGGAAGUGACAGUGGCUGCACUUCGGACUAUCAGUAGUAUAUUUAUUACUCGUAUUACAAAGAAGUGCUGGACUCCAAAUACCCUUGGAAAUUUAGGAGUGUCACCAUGGCAACAGUGGGUGAGCCUUCAGACUUGGUGAAAGUGUUACACCUCCUGGUGCUGUCCUUCUCCUGGGGUAUGCAGAUUUGGGUCUCCUUCAUUGCAGGUUUUGCUUUAGUGUGGAAGGUCACUCGGCACACAUUUGGUCUGGUGCAGAGUAAACUCAUCCCUGUUUAUUUCUAUUGUCUGCUGGGUAGCCAUUUUGUCAGUCUGGCUAUUUAUGCUGUGUAUCAUCCAAGAGAGCUGUUGGACACACAUGAAACCAUGCAGUUGGUUCUAUAUUUUGUGGCGCUGACCAUGGCGGGUAUAAACGCCCAGUGGUUUGGCCCGGCAGCCUCUCAAGUCAUGUUGCAGAUGUGGGAGGUGGAGAAGGAGCACGGUCUUGGUAACCAGGUCGGCAUGAGCAGUCAGAAGGAAGGUUACGCCAAACUGAAAGAGCAGGACCCCAAGUACAGAGCCUACAAGAGAACGUUCGGUCGCUACCAUGGUUUGUCCAGCCUCUGCAACCUCAUCGGAGUCAUCUGCACCACAAGUAAUCUCAUCUACACGGCGUUGAAUCUAUCUACCAUUUAGACCUUUUGGUGUGUAUGGUUUAAGACAAACCAGUAGAUUUGCUUUAAAAACAAACAACAACAACAUAAACACCAACCAAAAUAUCAUCUCUAUGUUUUUGCAAUAUCCAUGUAUGGACACUUGGGGGCGAUAGAUGACCACUUUUACACACAAAUACUUGCUGAAACAAUUCAUUUUUUGUUUAAAGGGGCCUUAUUAUGCUAAUUUGAUUUGUGGACUCCUAUGGAGCAGCUUACACACUUCCAAAUACUCACACCUCAUUAUCUGAAACUUUGCAUCAUUGAACACGAGAAUACAACAUUCCAACUAUAUUUAUAGGUCAGAAUUACACGUUCAAGCUGUUAAUCAUUUGUACAAACUUUGUACAAUAGUUAGACAUCCAUGAUGUUUAUGAUCAAUGCCUGUAUUUAUUCCCUUCAUUUUCCACUGACUUCUAUCAGAUGAUGCAUAUCACAUUUUCAUAGCAGCAAACUGCAAAACAGCAGAAAGCGCUUAUGUUUAUAUGACGUCACCACUAAUGGGUUAUAAUGGAGUCCGUUUAAUGGAUAAAGUAGAGCCUCCAAGUCCAUUGGUUGCAUUUCCAUCAAAGUAAGUUGCAAUUACAAAUAAUUGUCAUAUAUAAUCUCUGUCUGUGAUCUUUAUUCUUAGUGUUAUGGCUCUACAACUAAUACAUUUUGAUACCUAUGUAUAUUAAUGGAGUGUGUUCCCAGGAAAUGUGCUGUCAGGUGUCACAUUGUUGUUUGUGUGUGUGUUGCGGUGUGGAAAUAAACACUGUUCAACCUAAGAACAAGUUUAUCAAGUAAUUAAACCAUUAUAGGAGGAGCGGGUGAUGUAAUUCAGAUCAGAUCUACUGCACCACAUGAGGAACAAAACACAACAGGUGGGCC